GGGUCUUGACUCUUGAAUAAAUUACAAAAAAUAAGUCUUUGUACAGGACUAUAGGUAGCAUCCAUAAUCCAUUAGUCUGUGACUCUUUGACUAUAAGUCUAAACUAGCUUCAAAUGAAGUAUUGAUUAUUAAAAUGGAUAUAAAUGAUGUUAAAAAUGCCUUAGAAGGCUUAAAUUCAUCGUCCUCUAAACGUAUUCAAGAUAGUCUUUUAUAUAUUAAAUCUAAUGUUAUUGUGAAUGAUAAAGGUAUUAAAUUAUUUCGAGAUUGUGACGGCUUAAACUACUUAUUGCCCCAUUUGCGUAAACCCAAUGAAAGAAUUCUUGACUUAACAUUAAGUAUAUUAGGGAAUUUGUGUUUGGAGGAAAAAAGCAACAUAUUGAUUGGGCAAUUAAAUAGUUAUGGAUCACUGGUAACAAUAUUAAACACGGUGUGCCGAGAUAGUAUACUCGGGAGGACGUCUCGCGUAAUUGGUAAUUUAGCGCAAAACCAAAGCAAUGCCGAAAAUUUACAUAGCCAUGGGGCUGUUAAGGCAUUAGUUGACCUUAUCGAAAAUAGAGAUAAGACCACAUCAUACGCUACACUCUCGAUGGCUGUGAGAGCCAUUCGACAACUGUGGAUGGUAAAAGAUAAGAGAAAUGAAAUGUUAAGCUUAAACGCUGUGCGUUGUAUAUCAGCACUGCUGUCCACGGAAUGCGAAAAAAAAGGCAUAAUAAAAUCGGUGCACAGAGAAAGAGAAGAGCCUAAGAAAAGUCAGGAAGAACUUAUAAACGCUAUACUGAAAUGCAUGGGACAUUUUACAACAUAUUCAGUAGUUGAUUGCGCGGAACAGAUAAAAGGCAAUGGCAAAGGAUAUCAUAGUUUAGUCGCGCUAAUUAAAACACACGAGCCUAUAGCUCUUAAAUGUCUAUUUAAUUUAUGCUAUAUAACAAAAAGUCGACUACUGUUAGGCCAAGCGGGUCUAAUUGAAUGUCUAGUGGAUUUACUUCAAAAACGUUCAGAUGUUUCGAGUUGGCCGGAAGGUGCGACAAAAGCUCUCUCACAAUUGAGCAGGGAAUCCGUGAACCGAUCUCAUUUGCGUAAUUGUGGAGGUUUAUCUUUACUUGUUGCAGCCGCUCGAGACGACUCAUACGCUUUGCACGCACUUCUUCAAUACGUUUUUGACGAUGAAUCUUUCCAAAUGCUUAUUCGUACAGGUCUCGUUGGUCUACUCACUGAUAAACUUAAAGAUUAUAUUUCAACAAUGGAAUACGAUCAUAACAUAGAGAUCGUCAAGUCCGGAAGUUCAAGUGUACCAGUCAGACGUAAAGAAACGCCAGAAAAUGAGCCAGGCUCAGUAUAUGACAUAGCUCUACAAAAUUUAACUGAAAAUAACAUAGGACCAGGUUUAUUUGCGCGACGUAAAAGUAUUUUAUUAUCGGAAACUACAGAUGACCUGAAGGUUGUAAUUGAAAGGGAUAGUUUGUUUGUUGGGUUCGUGGAUGCCAUUGAUAGCGAUGCCUCAGCGCCAAGUGAAAGUGAGGAUAAUGAACCACCACCACCUUCGCCACCGUCACCACCACGUCGAAAAGGGGUAAAAAGAGCUCGGUCAAAAAGUCCAAAUUUGCUUCAGAAGAAAUCCCAUAUAAUAAAAAUGGCUCAUAAGGAUUGGGCAGCGGGCGUUUACUGGGAACCAAUGUCCACUGAUUGGUCAUCCCCUUGUCAAUCACCUACAGAAACAAGUACUAAUCAAGAUAAAAGCCCCAUGUCCCCUGCAUCAGAUGUAAAUUUUUCGGACUUUAGCCCAGAACUUAAGGGAUCUUCUAGCAGACGCAAUCGAUGGGAUUUGAGUCCAGACUCUGGAACGAGUGCUGGCGAAGGAGGUUCAACUUCACCGAAUCGUUCGGACUAUCAGUGGAGUCCUAGCAGUUCCGGCCCUUCAUCUCCAUACAGCACAAAUGAUGAAAGUUCGGAUUCGGAGAUAUCUGGACGUUACUCACCAGUUUGCAGUGACACGGAUAGCGACUCUGAAGAUGAAGAAAAAAAUAUAUCGGCGAAAGCUGAUACCGAAUUAAAAGCUGCACAAGUAGUUCAAGAUUUAGAUGAACUAGUCAUGGACGAUCAAAGUGAUCAUGAGGACUCUCCCUCAGAUGAUGUAUGCAAAAUAGAUAUAAACUCAAAGACAUCAGUCAUAGCAUGCGUCAUGGUGCUACUGUUCCGUGUCGCUCAUGGCUCGUGUAGAACUUGCAGCACUGUCCGCGAUGAAGCGGUGCAUAAUCGUACCAUGAUUUCACUUACCGGUCGGGAAUGUCUUAACGGCCUUCUUGAUUAUGUGGAGAGAUGUGAUCGUCCCAUAGGCAGGGCGGCAAGGAUACUCGCUAGAGUGCUCAGUAAUCAUCUAUGCUUAAUAAGUAUACUAAGGCACAGGGUAGUCUUAAGGCUAUACUACAUGACACUGAAUUCGAAACACCCACCCAACCUAUGCUCUCAGUGCAAACAAAUCAUAAGACUGAGCUCAAGACUACUAUCUCAACUGUCCGUUUUAGCUGAAUCUAGCUAUGGUAUCGGAAAAAUAUGUUAUCAUUUAUUGAAAGGUAGCUCAUCGAUGAAGCAAACACUUUCUUUGACUUUACCAUAUAUUGUCAGGACGGAAAAAGUUUUGAAGAAAUUUCUAAUAGAUUGCAAUGGUCUGAAUUUUUUGCUUAAAACAAUCGCGGAUUCCAAAGAAGAUAUUCAAGUCUGUGUCACUGCUUUAGUGAAACUUGCAAACAAUAUUCACAUAAAAGAUCCCAAAAUUUUAGAAAACAGAUACAAAGAUAAAGUUCAGGUCAAAUACAAUGCAAAUCUUGAUAAUUUACCACCUGAAAAUAUAGUAAUUUUUCAAUUAGACGACUCGGCCACAGUAAGGGCAAACAAAUUAUUUUUAUGUCAGCAUUCUGAUGUAUUCAGUGCUAUGUUAAUGGGACAAUUUAGAGAAUCUGGAGAGAAGCUAGUACGUCUCAAAAAUGUAUCAAAAUCAGCACUGGAGUAUUUAAUAACACUUCUUCAAUGUGGAUUGAACAAUCCUAAAUGUGAUAUUGAAGAAUUUCCAUUAGCUGAAAACUUGGAAACUACUUUAGAAGUAUUGCUUUUGACUGACAGAUUUUUAUUUGAAAAGUUAAAGCAGUUGCUAAGUAGCGCUAUAGUACAAUUUAAAUUAGCACCGGAUACAGCAGAUAGAAUAUAUAUUUGGUCUUUAAGUGAAGGUAUGGGCUUUUUAUGUGUUGAAGCCGUAGCAUAUUUAUUAACUGGCCAAAUGUCUGAGCUAGAUAGACUUAAAUCAUUUAAAAAUAUUCUUAAUCUUCAAUUUAAAGAUCAGUGGUUGGAAGAUAUCAAGUCAAUGAUCGUAAGGCAAUUGGUAAAGUAAAUGUCGGUAAAACAUUUUACUCCAGGAAAGAAUAUAAUAUAAUAAUGAUGAAUGAUGUAUAAUUACAUGGAACUGAUAAGGAAACAAACUAUAUACAUACUUAAAUUAUCGGUGUACAUAUAUCCUAUACUGCAUAUUUAAUAAACAUAAAAUAUAUUCUCUGAUCUGGUCUUUAUAAAUUAGCAUUAACUUGAACUUCUUAUAAUCCAAUUUAAUAAAGUAGUUCUUUAAAUAUGUGUGCAAAUAAAAUAACCAUGAAGUAUUAAAAUCUCAGUGUAAUGUUUCUCGAUGUUAUAGUACAUGAUUUAAAUGGAUUUACAUAAUAUAUAAGUGAGGGUGCCUUCACAUAUGCAAAAUUGUAUAAAUAUAAGUUCAUUUAAAAACUCGAAAAAGGUAUUCUUUUAAAAAUGUAUGAGUGGUGUUCACAAAGAAAAUAUUUAAUAUUUUUGUGAUGAUACAUGAAGUGUGUAAUUAUGUUUUGUAUUUAAUAUGCGCCAAAGUGUAGGUGCAUUAAAAUUAUCCAUGAUCUCAAUGUGCUAGAACCAUUGAUAUAUAAAAAACCCAAGAUACACAGUUACGAACAAAAGUAGCACUCGAAACUGUCACCAAACACUCGGCAAUUCUAUAUAAGUAGUUAUACUAUAAAAAUUUUUUUUGCAAAUUCAACCUUAUGCGGAUUGCUUAAAAUUGUUUUCACAAAGUAGUGCACAAAAAACAAUAAAAUUUUACAAGCGAAAUUAGCCGGUUAGACAAGGCAUGGAGUGGAGACGAAUAUUAUUUAUACUGUUUAUUUUUAUACGACAUUGAAUUAGUUUUUAAGUUUGUUAAAUUGUGUUCUAAACAUGUAUUUAUACUUUUAUCUCAGCGUAAAUAUGUUUUGGGUAGGGCAUGUGUAUAAAUCAAUUAAACAUAUUUAAUAGUAAAAUUAUUUAUUUACGUUUUUGGUUCAAAAAGUAUUAGUAGAACAUUUUAUCGAAACUAAGUAGGUACCUAUUUAGUUUAAGGUGAUUGAGUAGCGAGCUACCAGCUCGGGAAACUCAAUUUUCAAGUUUCAGGGUGUAUUUGCUAUGGAUCAAUUUAAUAACUUUAAAAAUAUAAUUAUUUUUUAAACUGACAUGGCAACAGCAGGAAGCACAUUAAUUUACUUAAUAAAAAAUAAUUAAUAAAAUUAGUUUAUUGUAGAGUUGUGUUUUAAAAUUCGAUUUUACGCAUUCUGUUGUUUUCUCUGCGAUAUAAUGUAAACGAACGUCUACGUCGUCGAACGUCGUAUAAGCUUUUCUACAAUAGCUUUUAUACGACUGAUUUUUAAAAUUUCUAAAUUAGAAACUAUGUUAUAAUAUAUAAAUAUUUGUCAAAAACUUUAACACAAAAAAAAAUUAUUAAUAAAAAAAUUAAACAUAAUAAAAAAAUUAAACAUAAUAAAAAAAAAAUUUAUUAGGUUUUAUAAAAAAUUAAAUUCGACUCCAUUAACUAAGAACAGGGUCAUUUGUAUUAUAUGACUAAAAUAAAAGGAGGCUGUCAUGCAUAGUUCUCGCACUAAAAGCGCGAACAAUUUUGAAUUGUGCACUCAUUUUAUGUGGACAAUUUUGAGACACUGUGUGUGUAUCUUGUUGGUUUUCUUGGUUUUUUAUUUAUCAAUGACUGGAACUCAACAUUGUAUACCAUAUGAAUUGUUUAUAAAUGGGGUAAUAAAAAAAUAAUAAAUGUGUUACUGUAUUCUGUGUAUUCAAUAAAGCAUAAUCAAAUAUAAAUAAAGUGCAACACUUAACACUGUA